AUCCAGUAAUCCUAUUCCUUGAUCCCAUUAGAUGAAUCACAAAACGAAGUCUCUACAAAAAAAACUCUUUGUAUUUCCGAUUCAUGGCUUGCUCUCUCAAAUUCUCCAUUUUCUGUUUUCAAUUCUUAUUCCAGAAACCACGUGCAGCUUCAUCGCUGAACCCACCUGAAUCCUGAAUUCCUGAUACGGUAGUACCUGGUUCAACUUCUGUCAUUGUGUUCGUUUCUGCUGUUCGUCUUCGUCGUCUUAUCGCAACACUAACGCCGGCGCAAGAUUGCUCUUAAUCACAGACACUGAAGCACAUGUAUCAGAGGCUGAGUCGCUCUCUCCCCCUCCGGCUCCCGGAAUCUCCCACUACUUUUCUGGCGCUACGGAAGACGAAUCGCAUUUCCUUUUCUUGAGUCUUAAGGGAGGUUUGAGGUUUAUUCUAUCCCUUUUUCUUUUCACUGGUUCACUAUCCUUCAAUUUCAAACACUCAAGAACAUGAAUCAGAGGCGCUUUCUCUCCCUCUUACGCAGCUACUCGGAUCGUCUCAAUAUUGCCGAUUUCAUUUCUCACGCUGUGGAAGACGACUCUGUCUCGUAUUAGUAUUUCCCUUCUUUGUGUUUUUUUCUUCCUGUGGGGGGAAGGGACGAGGGGGGUGGAGCUUCUUAUUAAAUUGUUGUUUGUUUGUUUGAAACCAAAUUAAGAUGAUGGGCUCUGAUAAACUGGGCUUUGAAGAAGAAGCCCAUCUCUUUGCGUCUCGAGAAGAAAUGGAGAGUCUCGUCCUCGAUGAGCCAUCAAACGGGAAAUCCUCUUCCGACUACUGCAGCGCCAUGUCGUCCCUCGCUGAGACUCAUCACCCCUUGUCGCCGCCCACCGUCUUAGUCGCACCCGGCGAAGAUCCCUUGCUAUCGCCUUCUCCGCGAUUCAGAGACCAUCAAAACCCUAAUCUCUCAGAUAAUUCAUACUUAGAACCUCCAUCUUACGCAGAUGUGAUCUUCAGUCCAUUCGUCGAUGAGAACGGCGACUCAAAUGGCCCCGAGAGCCCCUCCCAGGACUUGGCUUUAUCAGGCAAUUUGUCGAGGUCUGCUUCUUCGAGUUCUGAGUACUUGAAGAUCACUGUUUCGAAUCCUGUGAAAGAACAAGAGACUUCGAAUUCGCUUGUUCCUGGCGGAAACACUUACAUGACGUAUCUGAUCACGACGAGAACCAACAUUCCGGACUUCGGUGGUUCGGAAUUCAGUGUGCGGAGGCGAUUCAGAGAUGUGGUGACUUUGGCGGAUCGGUUAUCGGAGUCAUACCGAGGGUUCUUUAUUCCGCCACGGCCGGAUAAGAACGUAAUGGAGAGCCAGGUCAUGCAGAAGCAGGAGUUUGUGGAACAGAGGCGAGUAGCCUUGGAGAAGUACCUGUGUAGAUUGGCUACGCAUCCGGUGAUCAAGAAAAGCGAGGAGCUGAAGGUGUUCUUACAUGUCCAGGGGAAGCUUCCUUUGCCGACGACAACAGACGUGGCCUCCAGGAUGCUGGAUGGCGCGGUGAAGCUUCCAAAGCAGUUGUUUGGGGAAUCUGGAAACGUUGUCCCCCCGCAUGAGGUAGUGCAGCCUGCAAAAGGGGGGAUGGAUCUGCUCAGGAUCUUUAAAGAAUUGAAGCAAUCGGUCACCAAUGAUUGGGGUGGCUCGAAACCACCAGUGGUCGAGGAAGAUAAAGAGUUCUUGGAGAAGAAAGAUAAGCUGCAGGAUCUCGAGCAGCAACUCAGCAAUGCGUCACAGCAAGCUGAAUCACUUGUCAAAGCUCAGCAAGAUAUUGGAGAAACGGUGGGAGAAUUAGGUUUAGCUUUCAUCAAGCUAACUAAAUUUGAAACAGAAGAUGCCAUGUAUAACUCUCAGAGAAUAAGAGCUUCUGACAUUAAACGUGUGGCAACAGCUGCCGUCAAAGCUAGCAGAUUCUAUCGGGAAUCGAAUGCUCAAACAGUCAAACAUUUGGACACACUACAUGAAUAUCUUGGAUUGAUGUUGGCUGUCCAUGGUGCAUUUUCGGAUCGCUCAAGUGCUUUAUUAACAGUUCAGACACUUCUAUCAGAACUUUCAUCCUUGCAUUCGAAGGCUGAAAAACUCGAAGCUGCAUCAUCCAAAAUAUUUGGUGGUGACAAAUCUAGAAUUCGCAAAGUAGAAGAAUUGAAAGAAACCAUAAAAGCUACGGAGGAUGCUAAAUGUAUUGCUGUUAGAGAAUAUGAACGCAUCAAGGAAAACAACAGGGUUGAGCUUGAAAGGUUGGACAGAGAAAGACACAGUGACUUCUUAUCCAUGUUGAAAGGGUUUGUAAUUAAUCAGGUUGGUUAUGCAGAGAAGAAAGCAAAUGUGUGGGCAAAGGUUGCUGAAGAAACAAGCAUGUAUGCGAAAGAUACAUGUUGAAAGUGUGACUGUAAAUUUAGAGUUUUGGGUUUCUUUUUUCUUCCUUUCUUUUUUAUUUAGUUCAAUUUAGAGUAUUGCAUUUGUGUACACUAGUAGAAAAUAACAGCAUCUCCAUCCCUAAUAAUAAUAAUGAGAGCAGUUUGUAGAAUUUUUUUAAAUCCAUUUUCCGUUUGGUUAUAUCCAUCCGAAAAAAGAGCAUGGGUCGUUGUUACCUAACAUUCUCUUAUUGUAAGGUUUGCUUGUUCAAUAUAUUCAAUUUCUGAA